AUGAACCAUCAGGUCCAGGGCCUGGUACUUGUCAAUAAUGAAUGGGUGUCGAGACCGCUUGACGUCUAUCAGAUCAUGGCACGCGCGCAGCAGCAUGACAUCGAGAUGCGGGAACCGCUCGUCAAGCCUGCCCCUCACCCGCAUGUGCCUGGCUACGGCGUUUUGUCGAGAACAUUGUUCCCCAGUCCUCUUUUCAAAUUCAUCCUCCCCGCAAACAUACGUCACAAGGACCUCAACGACAUUGUGCUUGUAGGUGAAGACUCAAUACAGCUGAACGAGAUAUGUGAUCACGGUCGACUUCGCCGUGUCGCUGCCAGGUCAAACCUCAAUGGCCGUGUUCUCACAGCCCGAGUCUUUGGCGACCCUCGCGAGGUUCGCAUCAACACAAGCUUAGGCAGCCCCCUUCCAAAGAAGACCACGUUGCAAAGAAGCAGACUGUCGGCCACAGAGCAUGGCGAUCAGCACUUGCCCCCAGAAGUCAUCGUUCUUACCCUUACAUCGCGGACAUUGAUGUUCUUAUGGGCUCAGCACAGUGCAACAGUGCAAUCUGUCUUCCGACACAAGACCAUCAAACUUCCCGCGGGGUCUUCCCGUUUCGAUCGCCUCGGACAAUACCUCGCCAUAGAUCCAAAGCGUCGCGCCAUAGCUGUGGCUGCCUUUGAAGGGCGGUUCCUGCUGUACAAAACAAAGUCUAUGCAUCUGUGGCGUGAUGAGUUCCGAACUGGCGCCGAUACAACUCCAAUCGAAGACGAACGCAUCAUUCCAAUCGAGGGCCGCAUAAUGCACAUGGAAUUCCUCUCUUCGUCCCUCGGCAAGGAUGAUCAUCAUGUGGUUCUUCUGUUCAUCGUUGUGCAUCAAGGCUGGACGAAACUGACCUGCUUUGACUGGGAUUGCAGGUAUGAUCUCAGCACAGCGACCGCACGCACAGAACGAGUAGCAGUGGAUUUGGUUUCAGAUGAUCAGAACCCGUCUUUACUAAUUCCUCUUAAGCGAAGCCCUGAUUUCUUGUUAGUCUUCGAUACACACAUCUCCGCUUACAAGGACGUACUGUCCGGUGCUCCACAACGAACGGCAAUCCCAAUCCCCAGUCAUAUACUACCGUCACUCCAUCCUGGCGACAGCACACACCGGCCGCAAUGGGUGCAAUGGGACAGGACCACCCGAAACCCUGAUUUCCCGAAGGAGUCCUUCUACAUUGCGCGAGAAGAUGGCCGAGUCAUUGUUGACAAUUCUGAGUUUUCACAGUCUUAUCCAGACGUGCUCAUGGCAGGGGCCGCCGGGAACGAUGGGCUGUUGUGCAAGGUUGGCGCCUGGCCAACAGAAUACUCAUAUACGAGCAACUAUCCUACCAUGAAUCAGUUCACGUAUGUGGAAUCGAUGCCGAACUGGACCCCGCUCACAGGACUUUGUAUUACGGAUCUUCCCGGAAUUCGAGCUCCAAAUGAGCGCGAGCGCUCUGCGUUGUUUAUAGCCAAUGGAGUCGCGCCCCACGGGCAAGUGUCAGAACUUCGACAUGGGUUACGCGCACUCAUUGACGGGUCUUUCAGCGGUAUCAAUGGCUGUAACGGUCUGUGGGUGCUCUACACUGCGAGCCAGACUGUUGACUUUGGAGGUAAGACUGCCAGGCAACAUUUCGCUUUAAUGGUUGUUUCCGUACCCUCGGAGACUCUUCUAUUCCGCUUUGUUCGCACACAACCAGAAGCCCAUGGCGAUUUCACCGGUGCGUGGGAUGAUGGAGUCUGGGAUAAAACUAUCUCGGCCUGCAUUCUGUCAGAAUGCUUUUCGAUGCAGAUCACUCGCAUAAAUGCGCAAAUACUUGUGGCGCCAGGCCUGGCUCUGAAAGACAAAAUUGACUUCUCGACACCGAUCCUACUUGCGGCAUCAAGGCCAGGGUUCCCAUUUUUUGCAUUUGCCUUCAAAGAUACCGGCAAGACUUACUUGGACAUCAUCACAGUACUGGAAGAUGGUACAUUCGCGAAGCGCGGAGAAGUACAAUCACGCCACGCAAUAAGUGCCGACCCUUCAUGUAUUGAGAUCCUUGUUAUCGAUGGGAAUCCCCACAUCUUUGUUGGGACGCUUGAUUCAAAAGUGACGCUCUUCCAAGUCUCCUCAGAAAACACACUGCUUUUGGUGUUCCAGUCAUCCCUCGAUACAGUCUCAGCCGGGCAAUCACGCACGCUUUGUGAGCGCGCCGUGGUAUUGACGCUCGACAAGGACGAAGUCCUAGUAUGCACUACCCGUGACGGACUUCUGCUGAGCCAGCACAUGCCUUGUUUCAAUGCAGAAGCCCAAACACUGCCUUUCGGCGAUACGGGACGAUCAUCUGGGACUGCCGUUCCCACAGUCCUUUCAGAGUGGACUAUCUUGAGGAUGGGCUCAACUUCAGCAAAAAUAUACAUGAGCUCCACUGAUGAAGCAGCCGCAUUUGUAUCAUGCGGGUCUGACUUCUGUCAAGUCCGCUUAUCUGCAAAAACGUCUUCAGCCCUAGAAAUUGACUCAAUCUGGUUUACCAACCGGGCUAACCCAGGAUACCAUCAACAUUCGAUUACAGCAGCAUAUCAGUUACCUUACGUUUCGGGUACACAAGCAUCGUUGGAAAGGAACCUUGGUGGGUUUCUUUUCGUCGUAUCGGGUGACCAGAUGCUCUACACGCAACUCGAUGCGGACAUUGAACGGCCAAAUGACUCUUCCCAUCCGCACCAUAGAACGGAUUCAAUGAUCUUACCACGCAAACUCAUUACAGGCGCAAAGCCUACGUAUGUCGCGUAUCUACCGGGCCCGCGAAAGAUGCUUGUAGCCACGACAGAAGCCAAAGAAGAGGCUGCACCGCCGCAAGGAUAUCGGGUGAUACACUCAAGUCUGAGUCUUCUCAAUGCACAUGAUGACAAACCCCUGGACGAACUCGAAAUCAAGCAAGAAGUGGGCGUCGAGCUCAUCAAUCGGUUGGUCGUUGCUCAAUAUGAUCUCAGUCACGCAGAGCGCGUGUACUCGAUUGCCGAUUGGCCGUUUGAAGAUGACCGAGGCAAAAAAUACAACUUGGUCAUCGUGGGUACUGGCAUCAGAGAUGAGUCUGGUAAAGAAGGAGGAAGAAGGUUGAUCUUCAAUUUGGGACAGCGGGGAUCCAAAUUGUUGUUGCAAAAGGAGUCGACAUAUCCUCAUCCGGUCUAUUGCAUAGCUAUGUUUGACAGACGCGCUACUGUCAGUGUUGUCGGAAAGUUGCUGCAAUUCGACGAGUACGAUGUAGGACUGGGCAGGUGGUCCAACCGCGGAAGUAUAGAACUACCAUCGCCGGGUAUACACAUAUCCAUAUCCAGACAAAACGUCUAUGUUUCGACAUUGCAACACUCUCAUCUUUGUUACGAAGUUACUCGGAGGUUUGGCAGCUCGAAAAUCGAUUUCAAGCAGCUGUUUGCCGAUAGUCGUGAACGGUCAUGCAGCCAUCACCUCGCCCUUCGCAACGACGAUCUUCAAAGAGACACCAGAGUGGCAGAUGAGUCACUGGUUCUACUCACGGACAAGAAAACAGCUACAGUGGCUGGUCUGUACAGCUCUGGUGAGAAAACAUUCAAAAACACCGCGGUGACUUUGUUCGAGGCGUGUCUACCCCGCACAGUCAUUCGCUUACAGCGUGGAGACAUUCGGCCACCCUGGCGUAAACCACCUCGCUUUACUGACCCGUCCGAAAAGAGCACAGGGGUGCUUAUUGACGACAUCUUCGGUGCCUGUUCCGACGGCACCGUCUAUGCGUUUUCAAUCCUGUUGAAACCAGCCUGUCACAUUCUGCGCUUGUUGCAGAACAUCAUUCAAAUCAAGCAAAGCCGCGAUCCAGCCAAUCACUUCACCAUCAUCAAGCAUCGAAGCGGUGACAUUUUCAACGUACUGAUGAACGGCGCAGACGGAGCGCAAGAUUGCGCAAUUCGCGCUAGAGAUAUCGAUCCAAGACAGCAAGAGCGUGGAGCGGCCGGCGCCAGGAACAAUCACAUAGAUGGAGAUGUACUUCUCAUGUUCUUCGAACAAGGCGGUGAUUUGGGAGACCUCUUCUCACAAGACGUAGAUACUGAUGUACCUGCACUGUUUAUGGAGCUUGGAAGAGUGCUACUAUCGCACAGAAGUUCUCAUCUGCGGCACCCACAUGGCGAAUGGACUGAUAUUCUAUUCGGCGUCAAGGAAUGGAUAGAUGAGGUACUAAUGCCUCUACUCUAG